AUGAAGUCCCUGCUCCCUGCUCUGAUCCUCGCCGGACUCUCGUCCGCCAGCCCUGUCUCCGGAAUCGAAGAGCGCCAAAACGGAGGCGUUGGCAAUGGCCCGUUCGCGCCAGCGGGCUACUAUACAAGCAACGCCUUUGGAGGGCACACGUUCUACGCACCUAAGAAUGUUCCGGCCGGGACCAAACUCCCUGUUCUCCUCUGGGGCAAUGGCGCUUGCUCGGCCGAUUCAACGGGCCAGGCCCCCUUCCUGACCCAACUUGCAUCGUACGGCGUUCUCGUUAUCGCCAGCGGCACACCAGGCGGCCAGGGCAGCACCACGGCCGACGUCAUGAAGCAGUCGAUCGACUUCAUCACCAGGAACGCCGGGCAGGGCCAGUGGGCCAACGUCGACGCCUCGCGCAUUGCCGCCGCCGGCUUCAGCUGCGGCGGCGUCGAAGCGUACGCCCAGAUCAACGACGCGCGCGUCCAGCACAUUGGCAUCUGGAACUCGGGCCUGCUCAGCAACUACGACUCGGCACGGAGUUUUCGCAAGCCCGCCUUCUUCUUUCUCGGCGGGUCGAGCGACAUCGCGUACCAGAACGGCGAGCGCGACUACAGCUACAUGCCGUCCGGCACGCCCAAGUGGAAGGGCAACCUCAACGUCGGCCAUGGCGGCACGUAUAACGACUACAACGGCGGCAGGUACGGCGUCAUUGGGGCCCACUGGGUGCAGUGGAUGUUGCGCGGGAACUCUUCCGCCUCGGCCUACCUGACUGGCAGCGGCGCGAGGAACGACGGCUGGUCGGUGGCGUAUGCGGACCUGGACAAGAUCAACGUCACGCCCAUU